GACUGCCUUCAGAACAGAUGCGGGAAGCUGCACUGCUGUAGCAGUGGUCAUGCUGAAAAGUUUGGAAUGGUUUUAAGUCGGCUGAAAGAUCACAGUCCAGUGCCUCAGCUGCCUGCAUUGAGCCUAACCUGAUACUGCCAGGAUCUGAACGCUACAAUUGCAGAAAUGAUUUGGCAACAAAUGUCACAUUGGACAUGCCUGCUCAAAGCCCUGAUUUUCAGUCUGCUUCUGCAGCCACUAAUGACACAGCCUUCCAUUAUCACUCAGCCAAACUUUGUCCUGUUGUUGGCUGAUGAUCUUGGUAUAGGGGAUGUAGGUUGCUACGGGAAUGAUACUAUCAGGACUCCAAACAUUGAUCGCCUGGCAAGGGAAGGAGUGAAGCUGACCCAACACAUCUCUGCAGCUCCACUUUGCACCCCCAGCAGAGCAGCGUUUCUCACUGGCAGAUAUCCCAUUCGAUCAGGAAUGGAUGCUAUAAACAAUUACCGUGUUAUUUUUUGGAAUGGUGGCUCAGGAGGGCUCCCUCCAAAUGAGACCACUUUUGCCAAAAUACUGCAGCAACAAGGCUACAGCACAGGACUAAUCGGGAAGUGGCAUCUAGGUGUUAACUGUGAACACCGAAAUGACCAUUGUCAUCACCCUUUGAACCAUGGGUUUGAUUAUUUCUAUGGGAUGCCUUUUACGCUAAUAAGUGACUGCCAAACAACAGAAGAACCAGAGAUGGAUAGAGCCUUCAGAAGGAAAGUUUGGCUUUAUACUCAGAUGAUUGCCCUCGCUACGCUCACCACUGCCCUAGGGAAACUCACCGGCUUGUUUUCUGUUCACUGGAAAACGGUGACCUGCCUUGCUCUGUUUAGUCUUCUUUUUUUUGUGUCCUGGUUCUCAAGUUAUGGAUUUGUAAGAUAUUGGAACUGCAUUAUAAUGAGAAACCAUGAAGUCACUGAGCAGCCAAUGGUGACAGAAAGGACUACAUCUUUUAUUUUGAGAGAGGCCAUUUCAUUUAUUGAAAGAAAUAAGCACAAGCCAUUCCUCCUCUUUCUUUCAUUUUUACACUCUCACACCCCUCUACUCACAUCAGAGAAGUUUCUUGGGAAGAGUAGCCAUGGCUUAUAUGGAGACAAUGUAGAGGAGAUGGACUGGAUGGUGGGGCAGGUUCUAGAUGCUAUUGACAGGGAAGGUUUGAAAAAAAAUACUCUAGUUUACUUUGCCUCUGAUCAUGGUGGAUGGCUGGAGAGACAAGAAGGCAAAAGGCAGCUGGGUGGUUGGAAUGGAAUAUACAGAGGUGGAAAAGCUAUGGGAGGCUGGGAAGGAGGAAUCCGCGUCCCAGGAAUAUUUAGAUGGCCAGGAGUGUUACCUGCAGGCAAAGUGAUCAGUGAACCUACCAGCCUUAUGGACAUUUAUCCCACAGUAGUUCAUUUGGCUGGAGGAGUAGUACCUCAGGACAGAGUAAUUGAUGGCCGGGAUUUGAUGCCUUUACUACAAGGAACAGUUGAGCACUCAGAGCACAAGUUCCUGUUUCAUUACUGUGGCACUCAUUUACAUGCUGUGCGAUGGCACCAGAAGGACAGUGGAGCUGUCUGGAAGGCUCAUUAUGUAACCCCAAACUUCCGUCCACUCGGGGCUGGAGCUUGUUACGACAGAGGAUUUUGCCCAUGUUUUGGAGAAGGCGUGACCCAUCAUGACCCUCCACUGCUGUUUGACCUCUCACGAGACCCUUCUGAGUCCCAGCCUCUGUCAGCUGACACCGAGCCCCUCUUUGACGCUGUAAUCGAGCGGAUUGGGAGAGCCAUUGAAGAGCACCGCAGGACACUGACUGCAGUCCCACAGCAGCUGUCUGUGUAUAACAUCAUCUGGAAGCCAUGGCUGCAGCCCUGUUGUGGGAUGUUCCCGUUCUGUUGGUGUGAUAAAGAAAGUGACGAUAAACUUGCUGACCUAUAAAGGAAAUAACUGAAGUUACCCAAGGUUUUAGAUCAUGAAUAUUUUCUUUGGGGGGUGUUUAUUAAUGGAUUGUUUGCUUAGGUUUUUUGUUUUUGUUUUUAAUGGAGAUUUUAUUUGAGAAUCGUUCCAGUAAGUUGCACAGUAUUUGGUGAAGGUGUCUUUAGACUGGACAUUCUCAGGGAGGGAGAACAGUAUGAUUUGAAGAGCGUGUUUUAACUUGCAUAUGCUAACAACUGAAUGAAUAAUUCAAUUACACUGAAAUGUAUAAUUACUGGUAAAAGUCUAAUGUUAUUACAACUUAUCUUUUGUUGUUUAAGAAUGUAUAUUUAGAAGUUGUGGUUGGUUCAUUUUUUUUGCUUCGGAGUUUGUAAGUCAUUCAGGGACUAAGGUUUCCUUUCUUUUUUACAGUUGAUGGCAAUGCUAGAUAUCCCUGUAAUAUAUUUUUGCAGACAACUUUUCCUCCUACCUCCAGAAUAUUUCCUCAUAGAAUCUCCUCUAAAAGUAGCUUCCUUCCUUGUAGCUAGUCCCUCCAACAGCAGUGAUGAUGGCAGCUGGUUAGCCUGGGGCUUCUUCAUCAGAAGUCACUACUUAGUUGAGGCAUGAAGUUUGGAUACAUAUAAGCUGGAUCUGCCACUGCUUUCUGAGGAAAGGUGUCUUCUGCUUGCAGUCAGUUUCUUUUUAUGGAGAAUACAAAAAGGAAAAAAAUUUCAUUUUCCAAGGCCCUAUUGCAACCAACUUCCUCAGCAGCACUAACAGCACUAGCAAGUGCAUAGUAGUAUUGAUGGUCACACAAGUACAAAGUCAUUUGAGCACAGGUCACAUAAGUUAUGUCGGUGCCCUAAAAAUGGCUAGGACUCAUUUAUCUCCUUUGGUAAAUGUUUAGCUUAUUUUGCUUUUAUUUGCCCCCUUGUUUCUCUCAGUUCAUCCAUUGAGAAACCUACAGGCAAAUAAAAAGUCCUACAGCUUAAAAGCAA